AUGUCCACGAAAGGAUUUCCAACCAGAACGAACCGUGCUGCUCUGGGAGAUAUCGGCAACAAAGUGUCCAAUAUGACGAUUGACCCUACGAAGAAAUCUGGUAUCAUCAAAAAGGAAAUUUUACAGAAGUCUAAAUUUGUCAAGAAAGAGCAAGAAUUGGAAACUAUCCAGGAUAAGGAGCCAGUUGUUGUGGAAUUAAUACCAUCUUUAAAGAUGCCAACAGAACCAAUAGUGACUGUUGAUCCUAUGGACAUCAGUGAAGACAAACCAGAAGCUUUCUCUAAAGCCAUGUGUCCAGUGGAGGACAUUGACGCCAAUGAUAAAGAUAACCCUCAAUUAGUCAGUGAUUACGUUAACGACAUCUAUCAAUACAUGAGAAAAUUAGAGGUAGAUUUCAGUGUACGUUGUAACUAUCUAGAGGGACAGGAAGUGACUGGUAAAAUGAGGUCUAUAUUAAUAGAUUGGUUAUGUCAGGUUCACCAUAGAUUCCAUCUUCUACAGGAAACGCUCUACCUCACUGUCUCUAUUAUAGACAGAUUUCUACAGGUUCAUCCAAUCUCUAGGAAUAAACUACAGUUAGUUGGUGUUACCUCAAUGUUAUUAGCGUCUAAAUAUGAAGAGAUGUACGCCCCCGAAGUUGCUGAUUUUGUGUAUAUUACUGACAAUGCUUAUACUAAAGCUGAUAUUAGGACAAUGGAACAAUUAAUUUUAAAAACCUUGAACUUUAGUUUUGGAAAACCCUUGUGUUUACAUUUCUUACGGAGGAAUUCCAAAGCAGGACAAGUCGACGCAACCAAGCACACACUCGCCAAAUAUCUCAUGGAAUUAACCAUAGUAGAAUAUGACAUGGUGCAUUAUAACCCGUCUCAAAUAGCAGCGGCUGCAUUAUGUCUUUCAAUGAAAGUUUUAGAUAGCUCAUCUUGGUGUGAUACCCUAGCUCACUACAGUGCUUACACAGAAAAAGAAUUAACCCCACUACUUCAAAAAUUAUCUCAGUUAGUUGUUAAAGCUGAAUCCAGUAAAUUAACAGCUGUUCGUACCAAAUAUUUGAGUUCCAAAUUUAUGAAAAUUAGUACUAUUCCUGAAUUAAAAUCUAGUGUAAUUACAGAUCUAGCAUCUUAG